CAAUCUCUUAAAUUGUUAUUCGCUAUAUGUUCCAUUUACGUAAGGUUUAAUCAAUUCAAUGUAUUUUGAUUUUAAUUGUGUGUUGGUUAUGAUUUUGUACAUCUCAAUGAUAUGUCACUUAUGAACAAAUUAAGUAACAAUGUAUUAACAACUUGUGGAAACAGGAUACAUUUUGAAUGGAAAUAAUAUAAAUUGUCUUUAUGCACUUAAAUCAUUAUCUAUUAAGUUUAAGGAAGUUUUCAUUAUGAUAUCUGCAUAACUAAUAUCAUAUCGCAACACAUCUCAACACGGUAAAGAUAUAUUUUCUUUGAGAAAGAAAUGGAUUCGGACGACAAUAUCACAAAUGAAAAGUUAGCAAGACAAUUAAAAUAUGAUUUUCAAGAAGCUGUUUUACCAGUGACCGUCUUUGUGGGAAUUGAGGUCGUAGUUGGGUUCUUUGGAAACUUGCUGGUGAUUUAUGUGUUCUUAUUUCGUUAUCAUGUCUGCAACUUCCGGUAUUUCGUGCUCUGUAUGGCGUUUGUGGACUUUGCCAGCACUUUAACGACAAUGCCUGGAGAGAUGGUUACUCAAAUGUACUGGUAUAUAUACCCGUAUAGAUUAAUGUGUAAGAUCAAUACAUUUUUCAACGUGUUCACUGCUGCAGCAGAAAUAUUGUGUCUUCUCAUCAUCGCCAUAGACCGCUACAGAAAAGUAUGUACACCUUUUGGGUGGCAGAUACAACCAAAGAUGGCUUUAUUCUUGUGUGGUGUCGUUUACUUUGUGGCGUUUAUAAUUGCGUUGCCUGUUCCCUUCUUUUGGGGAAUACACACUGCUAAAUAUGAAUACAAAAAUCAAACCGUUAAUGUAACUGUGUGUGAAAAAGAUGGGGAAUACAAUAAGACAGACCAUCCGUUAAAAUACUCUUAUUCAGUUCAAGGUAUAAUAUCAGUUUGCCUCAUUUCGAUGUUCGGUCUAUACAUACUCAUAGCACGAAAACUUAUCACUGGAAAAGGGGGUGUUAAUGGAAAAUCUGACAAUAAAGCUAUCGCAAUCACUUCAAUUAAGACCGGUGCUUCUUCGGAUGUCAACAUAAAGAAAGACACCGAGCUGAGUUCAAAACAGGAUACUAGUGAUGCCGGGUAUUCGUCAGGCGUUGGCAAUAAACCAAAGAAAGCCAAGUUUAAUUAUAUCUCGUCAGAUGGAGGUCUUACAACAGACGAAGACGAAGACUCUUCAAGCCGGAUAACAACUCUCUCAACUCCCGAAGUAAGUUUCGCCAUUUCCAAAAAUGACAAAAAGAGCGCGAAUACUAUCAAAUCUCACGCGCUACGACGGAAACGAUUUGUUGGUUUGCGUGUUCGCAGAAAGACAAAGAUAAUGCUAAUAUUAACAAUUUUAUUCAUCAUUACUAUCAUUUUGUACUCGACACUUCUAUCGUUCAUUGCCAAAAACAUUUUGAAAGACAUGAGUGGCGGAUCGAAAACAGUUUAUUUCUUCUUUUUUCGGCUGUACUUUAUAAAUCACGUUAUAAAUCCGUUUUUGUAUGGAUUUCUUGAUCCACAUUUUAAAAAAGUGAUGAUAAAGCUAAAAGAUAGAAUAUGUAGUCGAAAAUGAAAGGAAAUUGUGUAUAAAAAACUCUGACAGAAAGAAAUAUUCAUGCAAUUAGGUAUUAAAGGGUGAACAUAAUUACUAUCUGUUAACUUUUGAAAAAAAAAUGAGUUUUUGCUAUAUGUUAAUAUAAGUGUGUAAAGCUAUAGAGCCUGUAGCUUUAUAAAAUUAUUCUUCCUGCAUAAAGAAUAUAAUAUGUGGUUCCGGACCGUUCGAAUCUGUUUACUAACAAUAUUAAUGUGUGUUGAAUAACAGAGGCAUUCUAUGUUAUAAUCGUUUUAAAAAAAACAAUAAUGACAUUAAGGAAGAUAGGAAAUUGUGCCUACUAUAACAUUUACAUAAACAUGAGAUAAGCUGUAUCUUUAUACACUUUACAAUGAUAAAGUAGAAAAAGGAUUUGAAAUGCAAAACGUUUUUUAUACUAUUUACAUUACUGUAUUGGAUGACAAUACAAUAAAAGUAUUUUGACAAAAAGUACAGACAUUUAUUCUGAUGUAAUAAGAAACGUAAGAAUAUAUAAUUUGUAAUCUUAAUGUGAUAGAAAACGAAUUUCACUUUA